UGGGAAACCGCCGUCACAAGUACACAUUGAAGCAAACUUGAGCAAUUGGAACGACUUGGAGAUGGCAGACGACGACGCCGCACGUGGGGAUGUCACACCUCGAAAGGCCCCGCCAAAAUCUGCCCCGCCGCCCGGAGAGGGGACAAGGAAGAAGAAGGCCCCACCGCCGCCAUCUGGCGCGCCACCCAAAUCAGCCGCGGCGGCGCUGCGAGCCAAGGCUGGACCGCCGUCGUCUCCACCACCCAAGGCCGUGAGUGUGUCUAUCCAAAAGAUUCGAGCCGAAGCCAAAGGGGGAGAAGCAGCUCAAACCAAACCCAAGAAACGGGUGCCGCCUCCAUCCUCCCCUGCUCCAACCGCCCCACCAACUGGCAACGACUCGGUCGACGAGAAAGACCAGGCAAAGAGCGCAACUCUUAGUGGAAAUCCACCACCCGCCAAGGUUCCGUCGACAGCGCCGCCUAAACCAAAGAAGAAACCACCGGCACAAGACGUCCUAGGCGAUCCAAUGACGGCAGCACCGGCGUCAUCUGGGGAUGCAAAGGGAGACCAACCAACCAGUGGUGAUGCACCCGUUAUGGUUGAAAAGCGAAGUCACGUGCAGCAUAUUGUCGCAUCCGAGAUGAAGCCUAUCAUGGACACCCGCAGCAAGCCGCGCAAGACGGCGACCGAGCUGCUCCAGGAAGACACUGCGUUCAAGAAAGUUACAUCGCCGGCGCUGUCGUCGACAGAGGACGCGUCCAUGUUGGUGUCCAAGAACAACACGUCCAUGUACUCGAGCGUGAGCUCUCACACGUCGGGCAAAGCCGCGCCGCAGUCGAUGACCAUGCGGCGGGAGCACGUCGAGGAAGAGCUGACCGUGCGCAAAGCCAUUGUGAUGAAGAAGGACGACGUUGCCAAGGCUGUGCUACACGACGACGAUGACGACGACGACGACUCGAUAGACGAAAUCGAAGACAUUCCGAUCUUGGACACCACCAUGAUGAUGGCCGCCCCAAAAGAUCGGGCCGACGAGGACGACGAUCCUGAAAUUGUCAUGGAAAAGGCGCCGUGCGACGAAAAGCCUGACGACCGCCACAUCUUGGACAACAACAAUAACAGUGGAAAUGCUCCCAUCACGACAUCCAAAGCCGCGCUCACGGACGCGCUGUACCAAGAAAUGAAGCAGUUGGAGACGCUGGGCCAAGCGACGGCGCCAGGUCCGAGUGUGGAGGACAACGACGACGAUAUGGACGAUAUGGACGAUAUGGACGAUAUGGACGAUGGGGAUGCCAAGCCACAUCGACACCACGUCAAAGCCGCCGCAGGGUCCAUCGACGACGUCAAGCUGCCCGACGGAGAGCCCAAGAAGCGGUCGAAAAAGCCCAAGCAACACGCGGAAGACAAGAAGAAAGCGUUCGAGUUGUUCAACCCCAAACGCGUGCCAUACGUCCCCAACCAGCUGCUCGAGUUUGUGGUCAACCCGCUGGAAGUGGGACGGGGGCAUGUGGUCCGUUGCUUCAUCGAGCGCAAUCGAAGCGGCCAAAACAAGCUGUCGCCGCUGUACACCAUGUUGAUUGAGAUCAACAGUUCGAAAGGCAGGCCCAUCUUGUACGCGCGCAAGAAACCCACGUCGCGGAUUUCGUCGCACUUUAUCUUCAGCUUGAACAAGGAGGACUUGUUCUUGUCGAGGUCGCUUCGAAGCAAGCAGUUUGUGGGAAAACUGCGCAGCGACACGCGCAAGAUGGAAUACACGCUGUUUGACCAAGGCGACAACCCCGAAGACAUCGAUUCCGACUGCGAAAUCGACGAAGAAGUGCGCCAACACAUUCGCGCGCAAAUGGCAGUGAUUCGAUACCACCCUAUGAAGAAGGAAUUCCCGCGCAAGAUGGAAGUGAUCGUACCUGCGAUCGUGGAGCAUGAGACGGCGGACGAGCCCAUCAAGUCGUACUUGGACUGGCGCCCAAUCUCCAGGGACCAAUCGUUCGAGGCAUUGUUCACGGAGGUUGCGGAACAGGGAGGGCAAAACGUGCUGGAACGUGACAAGUUUAUUUGCAUGCACAAACGGGAGUCGCAGUAUGACCCCCUAAGCUCGUGCAUUGUGGACUUUCGCAGUCGAGCGACGAGUGUCUCGGUGAAGAAUUUUCAAUUGGUGCAUUCGCAGCCCACGGACCAAGACAAGUACCGACAGGCGUACAUUCAAGCACAUCCGACGUACCAUUACGACGACGAGAGCACGGUGAGCGUACCCCAGGAGCACAUCAUGCUUCAGAUGGGUCGUGUGGGCACGAACUGCUUCAACAUGGACUUCCAGUACCCUCUCUCCAUGCUCCAAGCAUUCGCCAUCUGCAUCUCGCGCUUCGACAGCAAGCAAAAGUGAUCUUCGCGCGUGCAAUUAUGUAACCAACAACGUUGUUUUACAAUAUUACUCUUAAUUAAACGUCGUUUUCAAAUCCC